UGUGGACCAACAUUGCUGACGUCGUGAUGCCUGGGUGUGGAACCACUUGUUCUAGCCAACAUCGGAUGCCGCCAGUGGAAGUAGUGAAAAAAGCCGAGUUGUACUUCCGUUCGCUGGGUUUUCCCGCUCUAAUGCCGCACUUCUGGGAGCGGUCAAUUUUCUCACGUCCGUUCAAUAGAACCAACCUUGACUGCCAUGCUUCAGCAUACGACUUCGGCAAUGGAAGAGACUACAGGAUUAAGGUUUGCUUAGAUGGCUCUCCGACGGACUUCGAGACAGUCUUGCACGAAUUGGGUCACGUGCACUACUUCAUGGAAUACCGACACCGUCCAUCCUUGUUGAGGACAGCCCCUUUGGGAGCAAUACACGAAGCAAUUGGGGACGCCUUCUCACACGGCAAAUCUUGCGAAGGACCAUCGAAGAGUGAGGACGCUAUCGCAACGCCAGUGCACAACCUGCUAAGAGAGGCUCUGCUGAAGAUAGUAUCCCUUCCUUGGAUACUUGCACUAGAAACGUGGAGGUACAGAGUCCUCAGAGGACGGAUAUCUGUGCAGGACCUCGCUAGUUCCCUGUGGGAACUCAGGCGGAAGUUUCAAGGUAUUGCUCCCCCUAACUCCGAAGCAAGAGGGUACUUCGACAUUGGCGGAAAAUAUCACGUGGCCAACUUUAUGCCUUACAUGAGGUACUUCUUCGCUCGAUUGCUCGAGUACCAAUUCCUCCAGUCUAUGUGUACCAUGGGGGAUCCGGAAGCCUCGCUUCAUAAUUGUUGCUUUCUAGAAAAAGAAGCGUCCGGCAGAAGUAUCAGACACAUGAUGUCUUAUGGAGCAGCAAUUCCAUGGCGCACUGCUCUGCUGAUUGCCACGGGCAGCGAGACCAUCGAUGUUGAGCCCCUCCUCGAAUAUUACCAGCCGCUACACGUAUGGUUAAAGGCGCAGAAUGAGCGUCUAAAGAACCCUGUUGGGUGGUGAUCAUCAUUGUGAUGCAAGAUCGAUCCCGCGAGUCGUGUUCUAGCAACACCUCUUAUAUAGCACCAGGCCUGCUCCCACGUGACACAGCGUCACACAGGAUGUCCUGCUGUGGAUGCUGCUAUGACAUCAAUGAAAGAGCGAACAAGAGGAAAGCUACAAGCAGCUUGCAAAGCUCACGCAGGCCUCCGUGAGUUAGGUAUAGUGCGCAGGCCUUCUACUAUCUAGGAGG